GUGCCCUAGAAGAGAAGGCGCACGUGUAUACGAGCCUUCCAUCGGUACCAUGAUUGUUGCGGAUUAUAUAGUGAUUGAAGUUUCCCCUGCGGUGUAGAGAGCCCACCUUUGCUUCGCGCUUCCGUCUCAAGCCAUUGUUACUCUUGAACCAGAGUCUAACUACCCCGCCAACGUCAUCAUGGCACCAGUCAACAUUGUGCAUCUGCCAAAUGGCCAGAACCUCACCGUUACGCCUGUCUUUGGAGGUCUAUUCUUCAAGUCGAGCGACAUCGCUACCCACUCGCCCUUUCCGCCAGGUUGGACAAUUGUACUCAACUCUGAAGAUCAAUUGGACGCCGGGGAACAGGAGGUACAGAAGCAGGACGAGGAGGAGGAGCACUAUCCCCCGCGCAAUGUACACCGAUUCAAGAAGCCCACGCUGAAUGGAGACCACCUCUAUAUCUCGUCCAUUUCGAAUCCCAGCAGCAAUGAGUACAAGCCUGCUGCGUCGCCGACGCGCCAAAUUGCCAUGAUGCUGUGGGCGACAUUGUACUGGUACUUCCACCAGCCAGAGCCAACACUCCAGGUUACGAAUACGCUGUCGAAAAAUACCGCCGAUGCAGGAAAGCCAAAGGGAGAAUGGAGGAUUAACAUAAACAGAGAGGGUGUGUUCAAGGGCAAAGUCGUGCUGCCCAAACUGGAGCGCAUGGGGCUCAUAAUGAGCGAAGAAUCAAUCGUGGGUUGCGCACAAGAAGAAAGCUCUCCCGAAGGCUGGUCGCGCAUGUUUGUCAGUCGGAGGACCUUCUGGCAGUUGGACCCUAGGAUAUACCUGUUCACGCUUUCGCCCUUGGCAAACAACAAUUCGCCCUUCCCGUCAGGCUCGCCCUAUCCUUCCAGACCAUCAUCGCCCGCUCCUGGAGGUGAUUCGAAAAAGGAACAUCAGUUGGAUCAGGUAUCGCCCGGCCUAUGGUCGCCUACCGCUCCAGGACCGUUCCACUCGAGUUCGCAUCUACCCACAUUCUAUCCUCCCCCGCCAGCACAAUAUGUCUUUACUAAUAACAUACGACACCCCAUACGCCCGAAACCACCCCGACAAGGAGAGAUACUGUACACCAGAUACAUACCCAGCGUCGGGCAAUACCUCUCAUUCCGGGUUGCUUCCAUUUCCUCCAAGCCGCUCCGUCAUCAGGGUCCUGUCUCCAACCAUUCGCCUUUCCCGAAUCGGAACAGUGCUCUCAUAGCUGCUGAAUCUCCAACAACGGGUUCGCCGAAUGCUGGCAUGUCAGAUGUUGAAUACCUGCACAAGUGGAUGAAUGACCCCCGAGUAGCACAUUUCUGGGGCGAGGCAGGACCUCAGUCUCACCAAGAAGAAUUCCUUCGGAAGGGACUACAAUCGAAAAAUUCGUUCCCAGUCAUAGGCUGCUGGGACGGAAAGCCCUUUGGCUAUUUUGAGUUAUACUGGGUCAAGGAGGACAAUCUCGGAAAGUACUUACCGAUCGUCAGCGAUUACGAUCGAGGCUUUCACUGCUUGGUGGGCGAGCAAGAAUUCCGGGGUUCGCACAGGGUCAAGAUCUGGUUAAGUGCGUUGGUACAUUACUGUUGGCUCGCCGACAACCGUACAGAAAGGGUGAUGUUGGAACCGAGAGUCGACAACGAAAAACUUGCGCACUAUCUCCAAGAAGCCGGCUUCUACAAGGAGCGAGAAAUCAGCCUCCCGCACAAGCAGAGUAACCUGUUCAAAAUCAAUCGCGAUGUCUGGAGGGGACCGGCGUUGUAGUCCGCGGAGGCGGCAAUAAGUGUGGAGUUGAGCAGAGCCGCAUAAACGGCUCGUGGGUGGAGGUUAUGUGGAGUCAGCGGAUCAUGAGAUACCAAAGUCUAGACUUCCUUCCUAUACUGUCAAUGCGUGCAGGGAACCUGGCAGGGAAAUGAUCCCCAGUCGUUGAGGUUAGGUUGCCAUGCAUGUGUGAACGACUCCAUUCUACGUAAAUUCUUACUAUACGUUUGGUGCGUAUA